AUGGCCUCCGAUACAAGAGGCCAAUCAGAGGAGUUCGUAGAAAGGUUUGAGCCAGAACAGCUGGACGAGCUGAGUGGGGGCGCGGAGGAAGGAAAUACAACAACUGGCGGAGAAAGUUCUCCAACAAUUGCAAAGCGUGGCCGUGGUCGGCCCAAAGGUAGCAAGAAUAAGAACAAGGCCGGCGCAUCUUCGGUUUCCGCUGCUACUGCUGGAUCGUCCUCCUCGACAGUGCCGAGAAAGAGAGGACGGCCUCCGAAGGUAUUUGCGGCUCUUAAUCGUGUACGUGACGCGUCUUACCGACCAUUUUGCGGUGUUUUCAAGGAGAAGAAAGCCAAUGAUUUGGCGACGGAUGGUCCUCCUCCCAAGAAAAGACGGGGACGUCCUCCCAAAAAUCCCAGACCUGAUUCAUCUGCCGAUGCAGAAGCUGCUACUAGCGCAGGGGACGAGGAGCCCAAGAAGAAACGCGGCAGGCCACCGUUAAAGAAGCCCUCGACAUAG